AUGACCGACCACCACGACGACGAUCUCGCCGCCCAGAAGACCGAGGGCUUCAAGGUUGGCGAGAAGAAGACUCUUCAGGAGUACCAGGAGCUCGACAAGGACGAUGAAGCCAUGAACCGCUGGAAGGCCUCUCUGGGCCUGAACUCCGGUGACCCCAUCGGUCAGCCCAACGACCCCAAGUGCGUGAUCAAGUCUCUGGCCUUGGUCACCCAGGGCCGCCCCGACGUCGUGAUCGAGCUGUCUACUCCCGAGGCCGUCAACAGCCUCAAGGACAAGCCCUUCACUAUCAAGGAGGGUGCCAAGUUCCACAUCAAGGUCGUUUUCCAGGUCCAUCACGAUGUCCUCAGUGGCCUCAAGUACAUCCAGGCCGUCAAGCGCAAGGGUAUCCGUGUUAGCAAGGACCAGGAGAUGCUCGGCAGCUAUGCUCCCAACACAACCCACAAGCCUUCCUACACCAAGGAGUUCAACGAGGAAGAGGCCCCCUCCGGCAUGCUUGCCCGCGGUCACUACAAUGCCGUCUCCAAGUUCGUCGACGACGAUGACCACACUCACCUGCUGUUCGAGUGGUCUUUCGAUAUCGCCAAGGAUUGGUAA